CGGUUCAAUCCACCAGACGCGGCGAGCAGCAGCUGGAAUCGAUUACAAAAAGAUUACCGGGUUAUCCGUUCCGUUUCAACCGUUCUAAAGCAGAUACCAGGCCAAAAUGGGUGACAAAAGCGACCAGAGCAUCAUGGACAAGUCCAUGCGGUCCGUGUUCGUCGGCAACAUCCCGUACGAAGCGACCGAGGAAAAGCUGAAGGACAUCUUCAGCGAGGUCGGUCCGGUCAUCUCGCUGAAGCUGGUGUUUGAUCGCGAGAGUGGCAAACCGAAAGGGUAUGGCUUUUGCGAGUACAAGGACCAGGAGACGGCGCUCAGUGCGAUGCGGAAUUUGAACGGGUACGAGAUUGGGGGGAGGGCGCUGCGUGUGGACAAUGCUUGUACGGAAAAGUCCCGCAUGGAGAUGGCGGCGCUGCUGCAGGGACCCCAGGUGGACAACCCGUACGGGGAUCCGUGCGAUCCGUCGGAUGCGCCGGAGAUUAUAACGAAGACGGUUGUGUCGCUGCCGCCGGAGCAGAUGUACGAGCUGAUGAAGCAGAUGAAGACGUGCUUCCAGAACAACCCGGUUGAGGCGCGCACGAUGUUGAUGCAGAACCCGCAGCUGGCGUACGCGCUGCUUCAGGCGCAGGUUGUGAUGCGGAUCGUCGAUCCGGCUACUGCCGUUACGUUCCUGCACAAGGCGCACCAGAUGCCGCCGAUUUUGACCAGCGAUACGAUGGUCAUUCCGCAGUCGCAGCUAUCGCCGGCCACCAUGCCGAUGCCCGUUCCGGCACCGAUGCCGGUUCCUCCGGUUGGCGCCGGACCCGGUUCGUCCCAGUUUGCCCCCGUAGGGCAUGACGUCGAUUUGCGCAAUGUUGAUCCGCGGUUGGGUCGUCAGCUGAACAUGGACCAGGACAUGCGAUCGCUUGGGCCGGUGGGCAUUCCAGACGCUUUUGUUCCGCGGGGUGGACCGCCGGCACGUCCGAUUGGUCCGCAGCAGCCUCCGGCAGCGAGCGCCUUUCCGAUGGAUCCUCGUCAGCGUCCGGUCGAUCCGCGCCAGGGACCAAAGGAUCCCCGCCAACAGCCGGGAGGGCCGGCUCCCGGGGGAAGGCCACCGCCACCGUCGGCUUCGUCCCAGCAAGCGGCGGCCGCGGCAGCAGCUGCCGCCUCGUCCAAUGGCAUUCCGAACGACGCGUCCGACCAGGAGAAGGCCGCACUCAUCAUGCAGGUGCUGCAGCUGUCGGACGAGCAAAUUGCGAUGUUGCCCUCCGAGCAGCGGACGUCGAUUCUGGUGCUCAAGGAGCAGAUUGCCAAGAGCACGCAACGAUAAGGGGUUUACAGCUGGGACUAACAAUGAUUUAUUGGAAAAAUACAUUAAUGAACGUAACAAA